AGUAUAUCCGUGACGUCACAUAAUUAGAGUAAAUACAAAGUAGUCUUGAUGGGACAGUGGCGUGCGCCACACCGUGAGUCGUAGGCGUAUAUGAAAGUAAGUGCGCGAACUAAUGAUAUUUUACGAAUGGUAAAAAUGAUGAAUACUUUUUCAAACGUGUGCUUGUGGUCCAUUACGAUUAAAAAACAGUGCUGGUAAACGAUAGUGGUGUGUGAAAGUGAGCUUUAUCAAUUGGAAAUAUACACGUAUUUAUAUAUACAUCCAAAUAUAUGCAUAUAUAUCGAUAUAUCGUACACAUAUAUCUACAUAUAUAAAUAUAUCUUCAUGAACGUGAAACUAGUGUCUGAAAUACAAGGAUGGAAAAGAUGGAUAAAAUAGAGUUACUGGGCGGUGCUUGCUUCAGUCACGGCCCUUACACGUUCUACAAGGCCGUGCGGAUCGGCAACGGCCGUGUUCUACGACUCGGUAGUUUUUUCCUCACGAAAUUGUGGACCGACGCUGAUCUCGUCAGUAUCGGGGAGUUACAGUUGCUCUGGCUUGACAGUCGGGGCUCGAAUCAGCCACUGGCGUCGUUGCGCCUUUACUUUCUGCCGGAGAAUACGCCUGAUGGUCGUAGGAGCACGCACGGUGAGGACGAAGUAUUGACGAUUUCGGAAAAAGUGGUUGUCAGAGUACACGAUCUCGUGACAUGGCUCACACCAACGAUGGAAUGGUCCUGGGGACGAAAAACGUUGUUUCCUAUGUCGCCAAAGCUGUCGUCGUCACCGGACAAAAGUCCUCGAAAGCACGAUGGAAACUAUCCACAAGUACUCACGGAUCCGGGAAUCGAUUUCACGGAAGUUGACAAACAACAGAAGGAAUUUCAAACGAAUCUCAGCACGGUGAAGAAAGAGGAGGAGGACGAUAGCGAUGAAAGUGCCUCACAGACGAGAGUCAUCGUACUCUCGUAUCCGAGGUACUGUCGUUAUCGCGCUCUUCUACGAAGACUCGAAGGCACCGAACCCUUAUGGCUUUCCUCCUCAAUCGCUGCUGCUCUUGGUGGUUUUACAGCGCUUCCCGGUACAAAAGUUUUAUUCUGCAGAGAUACCUUCGACUAUCCCGAUCUUGAAACGCACGAACUUCUCUGCAAUCAUCUGGCUCCAAAAUUGAAAGGAAGACCAAGAAGAAAACGAAAAAAGCGCAGUGUAUCACCAGGCGAAUCGAGCAACGAGAGCGAGGCGUCGGUGGUCUCGACAUCCAGAGGAUCGUCUUCGAGCUUGAGUCUCGCACCUGCACUUAGACCACCAUCGGGUGUUCGCCGUAGCGAGAGAAAUACGACAGGAGAUGAGAAAAGAUUUCUUACUGAUGUUAACAGUUUUAUGAGGUCGCGGGGCACACCAGUCGGAAAAAUGCCCUUGCUUGGUUAUAGGCAAAUCGAUCUCUUCCUAUUUUAUACAAAAGUUCAAAAACUCGGAGGUUACGAUUCUGUGAGCGGUGGUCGUCUCUGGAAAACUAUUUACGAUGAUAUUGGUGGUAACGUAGGUUCCACGAGUGCAGCCACGAUAACACGAAGACAUUACGAGAGGUUGUUGUUGCCGUAUGAAAGACAUCAACGCGGCGAGGAAACGAAAGUCAGACCCAUUUACGGUAGGCGACUCAAAUACGGUUGUCUAUCCGGAGAUACGACUGAAUCGAAGUCAGAAAUCGGAAGGAUAUCUACGUCCGAGGCGGAAUCGCCACUGGAGGCACCAACGACGCCUUCUCCGGUUCUUCCUCUCCAGUCAAUCUCAUCUUCAUCGCCUUUCCUACCGGGCGAGAAGCCAAAGACCGAGGGCGGUAAGACAUCGUCGUUGCGUAGCGUAAGAGUGAAGCCGGAACGUUUGAAAUCGUUGAACACGAUAGCAGCGAAUAAUGCAACGAUCGUGAAUCAAAAUAGUCAACUGCCAAGCCCGAGUCCACCACCAUCGUCGAACGCCUCGACGACGUCGACGUCGAACACGCCGAGCAGUACACCAUCGACGACGCCGACGAGUAUCGUCAGUGGGAGCGUCGGAGUAUCUCAGAACGUAAUUGAACGGCAGUUAAGCAGUCCUUUAAUAUCCCAACAAGUGCCAACAACGACUUCAGCCCCGAGUUUACCUGUGAGCACGACGCAUUCGACGGCGAUUGUGACUCUGACCCCACCUCCGGAGAAGGACGUGAAAGAGAUGAAACUCGAUCCCAAACCGACCAACAUUCUCGCUCAGGGGAAAGAGAAUAUACCGAUAUUCGGUGAAAAGCCAAUUUUUACGGAGAAAGCUUUACCGGCUCCAAAAUCACCGGAAGUUAUCGACCUCGAGAUGGAGAACGACACGAGUCGGGAUAAGAUCGUUAUACCGAGUUUUAAGAAGAGAAAAUUGGAGAUUCUUCGCGAGGGCGGUCUCGAAGUUACACCGGUUGAGUUGGAAGCUCGGUCAAGCAUUAUACAAGCCACGAUUGUUCCGGUUACGUCGGUAUCGACGACCAAGAUCGAAGAAACUAACGGUCCGUCCUUUUCAACCUCAUGCGCGCCUAAUUCCAUACCAAAAUUGAUAUCCGUUACGGUUACUCCGGAUAUUGGCCAUAUGUUACCCACCAAUCCCGAACAACCGAGUAUCAACGGCGUUUCUCACGCCAAACUCACCCCCGUCAAAUCUACGACCAAUCGUCAAAAUCAUCAACAAAAUCACCAAACAAACAACAACAACAACAACGGAAACAACACCAGCGGUAGCAACAGUCGAGUUAUAAACGUUGGAAGUCCGAGUAAUUCGAGUUUGUUGCAACUCUAUGCGAACGCUGCGAAUUCGACGCCACCAAGCUUGUCAACAUCGCCACCGACGAGCAAUCCUCGCUUUCCACCAGCCUCAUCGAGCAACGAAAGACAAACACCGCCAAAGGUCACGCAGUCCCGUUCAAUAUUCGCUCACAGUGAAAAAAUGGUUUACGGAAAUCCCAAAGACAUUCUCAUACCGCACAAUUAUCAUCAUCCGAUAUCGCAGCAUCCUCCAUCACCGCACGCGCCAAGCAACAAUCAUCCAAACAAACAAUCCGCGAACCCGAUUCUCAACCUCACUCAGAAACUCACCGAUCGAUCUUUCGUUAGACCGCAUCUCGAAAUCGUUCGAGUUCCCGUCGUACCCCGAUCGAGUCCUCUCAAUCUCGAUAUGAAAAGCCCGAGUCCCAAGAGCACUUUGCAAGAUACCAAUGCGAGGAAAUCGACUUUUCCCUGUUACGGGGGAAUGCUCGACAGCCGGACGAUGGCUUCGAACAAUCUUGAGAUAACGCUCGUCAGUCCGAAACAUCGAAAUCACCCACCGAUCACAUCCCAACUCCAUCAGCCGUCGUCGAACUCUCCGGCAGCGAGGCUUCCCAAUAACCCCACUAACAACAUCGCCAAUAAUCAACGCGUCAGCGUAAGCAACGUUCUCGCGACUCAGCCGACACAGAGACGUAACCAGAACGGUAAAUUUUCAUCCAGAUUGGAACAAGUUUCGACGUACGUAUCGAGGAAAUCGCCUACCGAUCAACCAAUGAUCCCCAACGUACCGAAUCUUCAGCAUCUCAAUAAUUCUUCGUUCACGAGCUUGAAAAGCAACACCGUUCCUCAACAAGCCCAACAAAAAGAACAAAUUGAAGAGCCGCACAAGCAAGAUGGAAAGGAAGAUUUAUUCGCCAAGAAAAUAGUGAAUGAGAGUAAAAACCACGAUUCCGCGAGCAAUCAUCAUGGACGUUUGAACGAUUGUAACAAGCCCUCGAUCCUCGUUGAUCAACAGAUCCACGAAGUUAAUACCCCGUCACCAGCGCAGACGGAGUCCUCGGGGAGGCACGACCCAUCGACGAGUUUACCGAACAACACUUACCUUGGCAAAAACUCACAAAAUUCACCGGGCUAUCUCGGCCAGCUGCCAAACUCGACAACCAAGUUCCUACCGAUGCUCGAUCCUCUUUAUUAUUCGGCCUGUUACAACGGCCUGUUCCCACCUCCAAUGCCACCACCCUCGCAGUCUUACAUGUCACCCGAAUUCAGUGCUUACUAUAAAGAACUGCUCGCAUCCUCUCAACCCAAAUUGGGUAUCACCGGACAACAUCAGCCAGCUGUUCCGACCUCCAAGUAGGACGACGAGUUAGGCGAUCUCGUCAAACAAAAAUACCUUCGUUGAUACGUCGAUUUUCGUAUGCUCCGCUAAAUUUAAUCGGGAUAGAAGAAUUUCGAACGAUUCCAAACGACAGAAGAAAUUUUUUAGACGAAAGAGGAUUAACUCGCAAUCAGACGAUGCAAGAUUCAAACUCAUCGGUAGCAGUGGGAUUUGGAAAGCUUUUUUUUUUGUUUUCUCUUCGGCGAAUUUUUCAAAAUUCGUUCGCAAACCGACACACCAUUAAGAACGUUCAAGCGUGCGAAAAUCACUCUGGAAUUGAAAAAAAAAAAAAAAAAAACUAUUGAAUUUAUCGUCGAGUUCCAUCGACACGAGCCUCUGUAUCAUUUUGAAAAAGAAUCUUUCUUUCGAUGAAUAACAAAAUUGAGAAAAGGACAUCGACUGGUUGAACGAGAAGAAUAACAAACGGACGAGAUUCCGAGAUGUGCAUCCGUCUCGUUGUUGUAAAUAGAAUUAAGAGCAAGAGCAGAUGUACGGAUACGCAAUGAUGAAAGCGUACGAUGGUAUUUUAGGAUAUAUUCUGCAUUUCGGGAAUAGUAAAUAUAUAAGUAAGCGAGAGAGCAAGAGAGUGAUGAUGAGCUGUCCAUUGAUGGAGCAUGUGAUCGGGGCAAAAUUUUUGGUAACGGAAGUGCUCGGUUCGGUGAUUCUCAAAUUUAUUGUUCUCAACUAAACCAUAUGUGAGACAAAAUAAAAGAAGACGCGAGAAUCCAAAUACGACGGAAGGAGUGAGAAAGAGAGAGGGAAAGCAAAGACGAGUGACAGAGUCAGCGACCGAUGAAAUGACAAACAUUUCGUAGUUCCUCCACUAUUUAAUAUAUGUAUAUAUGUACAUAUAUCAUUUAUUUCCCUCGCCCUUGCCUUUACGCGAGCCUGUGAUUGAUGAACGAGGUGAUUACUUUUUUCGUUGUUUAUUGUUUAUUGUUUUUACACAUCACGUCUUACUCUCGUUCUGCUUUUUUAUUCCCUUCCCCCUCCCCCUCCUUCUAUUCCGGUCCACGAUUGAAUGCUCGAUCAGCAAUCGUGAUCGGUGAUCGUGUAAAUAUUUCAUUUCAUUUUCCUUUAAUUUUUCCUAAAUUAAUGAAAAAAACAAACAAAAUCAUAAAUAUACGGCGAGCUCCAUCUGUACUCCGUUAACACGAGCACUUCCUUUUCCCGAAAUUCGUAAUCGUAAUAUCGAUAAUUAGCCAAUUUUUAAUUGUAAUCAUAUGUAACGUGUACAUGAGAAGAUAAACAAACCGAAGAGCCGAGUGAACGAAUGAAAAUUGUCAGAGGGAUGAAAAUACUGAUUGCAAAAAAAUGCUAUUAAGGUAGAAGCCGAAAUUGUGAUUGUACAUACUGUAUAUAUUAUACAUACAUACACACACAUAUAAAUCUAUAUAUAUAUAUAUAUAUAUCAUCGCGCGAAGAGCGAGAUGGUUGCAUAGUUAAAUUUAACAUCUAGUGUAUACAUAAAGAUUAGGAGCGUAGGAAUUAAGCGUUUAUGCUGUACAGUCUGCAUGGAUUAUCUCGUGGUACGUGGCGGUAGUGAGCAUCAUUUUCCUCGAGAGAAAAAUUAUUUUUUAAAAAAAUAGUUCAAACGAAGAAUGAGAAUUUUGAGAGAAAACCGUCCACUUGUGAGAGUCAUUCGAAUACAACAAUCGCUGGCCUGCGAUACUCUUUCGAGAUACGCUACUCUCGACACGUUGUAUCGCGGCUUACACGAACUGGCUAGCAAUUUUUUUUACAAAAGUUUAUUUCAAAGAUCAUCUUAUUUGGGGUCUGAAAGAUUAAAGGAAAAUGACGAUGAGAGUUGACGAGGAUUCGAGUCUUAAUGUUGCAAUGUUUUCAUUCAUUGAAGUUCACAUCGUUUAAGGUACAAUGUACUAUUGAUUUUUGUAAUGCCGAAAGUCUGAGGACGCAAUCUGAUCGGUCAAUUUUAAAAUAUUUAAACGAUUGGAAAGAUUGAGUUUGAUCAUGAAUGAUUCGUCAUUAAAAUUUCUAUAAAUUGAAAUGACUCUUUAAAUGAGAUUGAAAAAAAAAAAGGAUAAAGUCGUAUUGACACGAGGUCAAAAAGGAAUUCGGUGCUGCAGAAACGUUUUUUUGGGUUUUACACUCGUCAGUUUUCUGCUCACUCCCUCUCUCGCUUAUUGAAAAUCCAAGUACGAGAUGGUGUGUUUACUCAGUGUAAAAAGGACGGAUUGAUACGGAUCUGCUGACCAUCGCCGCUUGCCACGAUUGUCCUUGUACUCCAAAUCGUAUGCUCACUUUCGUGAGCCGCCACCGCCGCCGUCGCCGACAUAUUACCAAGAAAAAUAUGUUCGUUUUAGAAUAAUCUAAUCAAAAUGAAGAAGAAAAAAUAAUAAAUAAAAGGAGAAAAAGGAAAAAUUGAACCUGAGACUGCAGCUGGAAAAAUACAAUGACGUUAAGGAUAACACUGGUAACAUGGCAAAGGAAAAACAAAAAAUGCUCACAACAAAAUCAAUUCUCGUGAGAAAAAUAAAUUGAGUUGUUUCAAAAAAAAAAAUAGGGAACAAGAGAAAAGGCUGAUAUUUCGUUUAGGUUCGAAUACGUAGUGUCUAUUCCCGGGAUCGUGCUCAUUUUAUUUUCUCUUCAUUCUUCGAUUGCGUUAAUGAUUUUAAAUCGUCCAAUCUCCCAUCAAAAUUAAUCUCAACUCGUGUUUUUCGCUCUAACCAUCUCGGUAAAUACGGCCAUUGAAAAUUCGCUUAAAAUUGACGAAUCAAAGCGCAGCCUCUUUCGCAUCUGUCAAAUGAAAAAUUGCCCUUUCAAAAGUCCCUUCGCACGACGAAUAUUUUUCUAACGAUUUAAAAAUUUGGUGAAAUCUCUUAUGAGAAAUCGGUUUCGAUGAGUCGAGAUGAUCUUUUUACACUUAACGAUUAUCGCCACUAUUAUUCUUUGUCAUAACUCGAAGUGCCAUUUUGAAUUGGAAUUUAUCAUUCGUAAGAUGUGUUUCAGGGACCGGUCGAUUCUCCAGCCGCAAACGCUGUACACUUUUCUGUUCUCUGUGUCACUGUGAAAAACACAUCUUUGGCGAAUACAAUAUUAAAAAUGCGGAAAAACGGUUCAUAGAAUUUCAUCCGAUUAAUAUAUUAGCAAAGUACACGAUAUUCCGUACGUAAGUUUUUUGAAUGUAACGUUGUAGGAACAACCUUAAAACAUGGAGGAAAUAUUUGUAGUGAUUCAUCGAAUUAAAAUUCAUUCACAAGCAAUAAUUUCAUUUUGUACUAUUCAUCCGAUACGCGAAGAACGAUGAUUGUCUGAAAUUUCAAUUGCUCAUUUUGAAAAUCCAAAAAAUCGAGUGUGUCACUCGAACACGCGAAUCAUUCCUCAAAAAUUCGUCAUUCACUCGUUGAAUUUCAGCUUCAAUAUUCCGUGUUAAACAUUUAACGAAUAAAAUCUUCUUGGCUCAUUAUUCAGAGGAUUUUAUUCAACUUUGAACAAUUCAAUUCACGUUUGUCCAUCUGAGAUUCAAUUUUUUUAAAUCGCCAUACCGGCAUUAAUAAAAUUCUCAAAAUUUCGUUACUCCAUUUUUCUUUUACCGAACCGAAUGUUUUUUUAUUCGGAAAUAUUUGAUUUUAUAUUUAUUGGUAACGUGGUAUGAUGGUUCGAUCGAAUCUGGUGCUGAUUUUAAGGCCGUCGUAAAAUUAUGUCUUUCAUACUUUUCACAACGAUGUGUUUUCAAAGGCAGACCGAACACGAAUUGCGACACAGGGCUUCGGGUACGAUUUCAUUUGUUUUUUCGAUUUAUUUUUAUUAUUUUCUUAUUUUCGGAUUUUAAAUAAUACUGAAAAGACCGUCACACACACACACACCCACACACGAUUUGCGAGCAAAAGAACGUGCCAUAAAAGUAAUUACACUCUCGGUAAAGCCGCGUAUUAUCCGAGACCAACGAUAUACGAUACACUGUGUACUGUGAAGAAGAACGAAUCACGCGCAGAGAAGUCCUGUGAGAUAAACGAUAGAUUAAAAAAAAACGAAUAAUUAAAUGACAAAUCGUUUGUUUACGUUCUGUCGUACCACAGAGUUGAUUUUUUUUUCGUUUAUUUUAGACAUUUUUACAGUUGCCUGAAUGUAUAAGUGACGUAAUAAUCGAUGUGCGAAUGAAAGAAGCAAGAGAAAUGUUUGAGGCAAAGUCCGAAAGACUUUCUCUGUCAUUUAAAAAAAUUUGUGUUUCCUUUUUUAUUCGUUUGUUUUUUGUUUCUUUUUUUUCCACCUCCGUUCAUCAUUUGUUUCGGAAGCUUUUUUCGUGCAUCAAAAAACGUGAUUUUUUAGUCGUAAUUCUCGAUUAUUUCUACUUUCAUAAUAAUUACUAUUAUUACGAUCUCGAAUAUUUUUGAUUAUGUGGGCAUUUCAGUUCCUAAGUUGGAAAUAAAAAAAAUUUACCAUGCA